AUGUCUGCUGCUCAAACGAAAGCUACCUUCUGCAUCCAAAACGGGCCUUCCUUCGAAGGUAUCUCUUUCGGCGCAAACAAAUCCGUCGCUGGUGAAACCGUUUUCACCACUUCUCUGGUUGGUUAUCCAGAGUCUAUGACUGAUCCCUCCUACCGUGGUCAAAUAUUAGUCUUCACGCAGCCCUUGAUUGGCAACUACGGUGUCCCAUCCGGAGAGGCCCGUGACGAAUUCAACUUACUCAAGUACUUUGAAUCUCCACACAUCCACGUCGUCGGCGUCAUCGUGGCUGAAUAUGCCUAUCAGUAUUCUCACUGGACUGCCGUUGAAUCUCUUGCACAGUGGUGCCAACGAGAAGGUGUCGCUGCCGUUACUGGCGUAGACACUCGUGAAUUGGUGCAAUACCUGAGAGAACAGGGAUCUUCCCUGGGUCGUAUCACUUUGGCUGAGCAAGAACCAAUUCCCUACGUUAAUCCCAUGAAGACCAACUUGGUCGCUCAAGUCACCACAAAGAAACCGUUCCACGUCUCCGCAUUACCUGGAAAGGCUAGGGCAAAUGUUGCUCUUAUCGAUUGUGGUGUCAAAGAGAACAUCAUCAGGUGUCUGGUCAAGAGAGGUGCCAAUGUUACUGUUUUCCCCUAUGAUUAUAGGAUUCAAGAUAUUGCUUCGGAAUUCGAUGGUAUUUUCUUAUCCAACGGUCCAGGUAACCCGGAAUUAUGCCAGGUCACAAUUUCCAAUGUCAGAGAAUUAUUGAACAACCCUAGUUAUGACCGUAUUCCUAUCUUCGGCAUUUGCCUUGGCCACCAGCUCUUGGCUCUUGCCUCUGGAGCCUUCACUCACAAAUUGAAGUACGGCAAUAGGGCCCAUAAUAUCCCUGCCAUGGAUUUGACCACUGGCCAGUGCCACAUAACCUCCCAAAACCAUGGUUAUGCGGUGGAUCCUGAAACCCUAUCAAAGGGCCUAUGGAAACCUUACUUUGUCAAUCUGAACGAUAAAUCGAACGAAGGUAUGAUACAUCUCCAAAGACCCAUUUUUUCCACUCAGUUCCAUCCUGAGGCGAAGGGUGGUCCCUUGGACACCGCCAUCCUUUUUGACAAGUUCUUCGAUAAUAUCGAAACUUACCAAUUGGAAUCUCAAAGAAAAGUUUCAAUGUCCCUGAAAGUAACUCGUAACACUGGUAAAUCAAAAUUGCAAACCUUGAAUGUUACCAAAUUAGCCAAGGAAAGAGUAUUGUUCUAA